GCUGCGGCGGCGGCGGCGGCGGCCCAGUGAGGCAGUCGGCGCUGCGAGCUGAGCUGCGCGGAGGGCGCGACCGGCGAGCCGGGGCGCGGGGCUGCGCGCUGUCUUUUGGGCUCCGUUCCGCGCGCCGGGACGUGGGCGACACCGCGGACCCUUCGGGCGGGCCCCGGGCUCGCGGCGUAGGGAGUCGGGGGCCGCCCGCCGAGGCCCCGGGACCAUGGCGCUGCGCGCCCGGGCGCUGUACGACUUUAGGUCGGAGAACCCGGGUGAGAUCUCGCUGCGGGAGCACGAGGUGCUGAGCCUGUGCAGCGAACAGGACAUCGAGGGCUGGCUCGAGGGGGUCAACAGCCGCGGCGACCGUGGCCUCUUCCCGGCCUCGUACGUGCAGGUGAUCCGCGCCCCGGAGCCCGGCCCGGCGGGCGACGGCGGCCCGGGAGCCCCGGCUCGCUACGCCAACGUCCCGCCUGGCGGCUUCGAUCCCCUGCCCGCCGCGCCACCCGCCUCCUUCAAGCCGCCGCCCGACGCCUUCCAGCCGCUGCUGCAACCGCAGCAGGCGCCUCCGCCGAGCACCUUCCAGCCGCCGGCCGCGGGCUACCCGUACGGCGGGGGCGCCCUGCAGCCGUCGCCUCAGCAGCUCUACGGCGGAGGCUACCAGGCCAGCCAGGGCAGCGACGAUGACUGGGACGACGAGUGGGACGACAGCUCCACGGUGGCCGACGAGCCGGGCGCGCUGGGCAGCAGCGCGUACCCGGACCUCGACGGCUCAUCGUCCGCGGGCGGCGCGGCCAGCCGCUACCGUCUGUCCACGCGCUCCGACCUGUCGCUGGGGUCCCGCGGCGGCUCGGCGCCCCCGCAGCACCAUCCGUCGGGGGCCAAGAGCUCGGCCACUGUAAGCCGCAACCUCAACCGCUUCUCCACCUUCGUCAAGUCAGGCGGCGAGGCCUUCGUGCUGGGCGAAGCGUCUGGCUUCGUGAAGGAUGGGGACAAGCUGUGUGUGGUGCUGGGGCCCUACGGUCCCGAAUGGCAGGAGAACCCUUACCCCUUCCAGUGCACCAUCGACGAUCCCACCAAACAGACCAAGUUCAAGGGCAUGAAGAGCUACAUUUCCUACAAACUGGUCCCCACGCACACGCAGGUACCGGUACACCGGCGCUACAAGCACUUCGACUGGCUGUACGCGCGCCUGGCCGAGAAGUUCCCCGUCAUCUCGGUGCCGCACCUGCCCGAGAAGCAGGCCACCGGCCGCUUCGAGGAGGACUUCAUCUCCAAGCGCAGGAAGGGCCUGAUCUGGUGGAUGAACCACAUGGCCAGCCACCCCGUGCUGGCGCAGUGCGACGUUUUCCAGCACUUUCUGACCUGUCCCAGCAGCACGGACGAGAAGGCCUGGAAACAGGGCAAGCGGAAGGCCGAGAAAGACGAGAUGGUGGGCGCCAACUUCUUCCUGACUCUGAGCACGCCCCCCGCCGCCGCCCUCGACCUGCAGGAGGUGGAGAGCAAGAUUGACGGCUUCAAGUGCUUCACCAAGAAGAUGGACGACAGCGCGCUGCAGCUCAACCACACGGCCAACGAGUUCGCACGCAAGCAGGUGACAGGCUUCAAGAAGGAGUAUCAGAAGGUGGGCCAGUCCUUCCGCGGCCUCAGCCAGGCCUUCGAGCUGGACCAGCAGGCCUUCUCCGCCGGCCUGAACCAGGCCAUCGCCUUCACCGGAGAUGCCUACGACGCCAUCGGCGAGCUCUUUGCCGAGCAGCCCAGGCAGGACCUGGACCCGGUCAUGGACCUGUUAGCGCUGUAUCAGGGGCACCUGGCCAACUUCCCCGACAUCAUUCACGUUCAGAAAGGAGCUCUUACCAAAGUAAAGGAGAGUAGGCGACACGUGGAAGAAGGGAAGAUGGAGCUGCAGAAGGCCGAUGGCAUUCAAGAUCGCUGUAACACUAUUUCCUUUGCCACUUUGGCUGAAAUUCACCACUUCCAUCAAAUCCGAGUAAGAGACUUUAAAUCACAGAUGCAGCAUUUCUUACAACAGCAAAUAAUAUUUUUCCAAAAAGUGACACAGAAGUUGGAAGAAGCUCUUCACAAAUAUGAUAGUGUUUAAUGACUGGACAUUGGGUUGUGGACUUUUUUUCAGUUCAAGGAUAUUUCUACAGCAGAGUAAAAACUGCCAUCAAAGAGCUAUUGCCAACUGUCAGUGGUGGUACAAGGAUGGUUUUGUGUCUGGUGAAGCUCGGCUGAAUAUGUAAUUAUGUAGGAAAGAAGCAGUUAAUAUGGGUAUAUAAUAGAAACAGUACCACACAUUGUAACUAAAUUAUACUAUGUAUGCCUACACUACCAUUGUAACUUUUGGAAUAAUGAUUAUACUAUUUGCCUUAUUGCUUUUUGAAGUAUGGGUAUUUUAGUGCAUACUUUGUAGACCUCAAAACCCAUGAAGGGUCUCAAAGCAGCUGGCUGGAUGGAAGCCUGCUGUGGAUGCCUUUUUACUCUCAUAGAUUGGGAUUACCUAAAUUCAACCUAUUCUCUGUUUACAAACUCCAACUAGAGCAGCUAUGCGACUUUGUGCCUUUAAACUCUUGGUUUUUCAUUUCUCCACUCCCUCCCCCCCCCCUUUUUUUUAAAAGUAACCACAACUUUUCUGAUCGAAAGAGUGAAAGGCCAGUGCACAUAACGACAGACCUGUUGGUAACCUCAUAUUGGCGCUGGGCGGGGUGGGCGGAUCAGCUGUCCUCCACCUGCACGGCCAGUUUUGUCUCCUGGUACAUGCUGGUGAGCACCAUUGAGGGAGGCCCGAUGCUCAUCUUUGGACACAAAGUCUGUUAGAGGAGAAAUGGUGCCACCCUGUUCCCUUAGACGCUGUGGUAGCAUAGCCUCUUCACGCAAGUGUCCUGGAAACUUGGCGUGGAGAAUGACACGAAAAUGUCUUAGAACACAGAGGAGGAGGAGUCUGAUCAGUUGGGGACACAAGCACAGAAUCAGUGAUGACACAUACUCGGUUUUAAUUCUUCGGAGGGUUUUCUUCUCUCUUUCUUUCUUUCUUUCCUUCUAGCUUGAAGAUUUUAAUAUUCAGUUUUGUUUUUUCUUUUUUAAUGGAUCUACACUGUUAACUGAUUGAGACUCCACUGUGAUUCACUCGUUUACUUAAUCAAAAACUUUUCAGGGAUGUCUGUAAAAUUCAGUGUUAUAUGUGAUUGAAAGUAGUGUUGGUUGAUCUAAAGAGGGACCAGAAAUAAUUUCUACUAUUCCAAAUGCUGAAGGAAAAAAAUAAUAAUAAUUUUUUUAAACUAUUGAUAAGCCCCCAGGACAUUUAACCUUAAAAUUGUUUUAAAUAUAUUAUUUUAUUAUUAUAAGGGAAAUAUGAAUGGCUGAUAAAUACCAAAAAGAUUCAAAAGCAGCUUAAUUUAAAAAGCACAAAGAGAUUCUGGCUUCAGAUGCCAAAAAAUCUCUCAAUGUUUUUAUAGUUGCGGAGCUAUAAAUAAUGUGAUUUUUGAGUUUACAAAUUUAUAAAUUGUCACUGAAAGGUUAAAGUAUCUACUGUUUUUAUGAAGUCAGACUUAUGCUGCCUCAGAAGUCCCUGGGUAUUGAAAUGGUAACACAGAAGUAAAGAGGUCAGUUUGAAAUUUUGGGGAGUCACAUUGAUUAAAAGAGAAAGGGUCAAUUUACAGACAGUCAAAAAAGAAAGGAUUACUGAAAUAAUUACUCAAUAGCAUAUUUACUCUAAAAAAAUCAUCUCAUAUGGGUUGAAUUUUUAAGAUCAGAGUGUCAUAAUUUUGAUCAAAAUUUUAUACCUUAGGUAACUUAGAGCCAGAUUUAACAUCAUGUGGCUUCGUCUUUACUCCAGAUACAUGGAAUUGUAACCAAAUAUAUCGUUCUCUCAAAAGUAACUUCCUCUUGUUGAUUGCAAAAUACACUUCUAUAAACAAAACCCAUAUAUAUAUUUUAACUUUACUGCAGAAGUUUGGAGAUUAUAAUUGUAGCAUUUGAUUUAAGUUUGAGUCUGUAUUGGACAGAUAAGCACUAUGCUUUUGAAAUGAUUUGAAAAUCAGUUUUAUUUGCCUCUUUAUUUUGAUGGUGGUUUGAAUUUUUUUUUUUUUUUUUCCUAAAUCACUAAAAUUGUGCAUUGGUAGCAUGGAAAUUAUCUGAGGUGUCUUUAUGAUUGUGCUUUAGCCAGGGUGGACAUGCUUAAAUUAUAAAAACUAAAGUACAAGGAGGAGUAAGUUCUUGCUGCCUACUUAGAAGAGAAAUUUUGUUCUUCAUAACUACAUAACAUUAUAAUGCCACUGAUUCGUAAGGAGUUUAAAUGAAUUCUUUGGGGGUCGGACACCAGAAUUAUUAGUGUUCAUUUUCAUCUAAGAUCUUUAUUUCUCUAACGUUCUUGGUCCUAUUGAAACAUUUCAGUAUACAAAAAUACUGCAAUGUUAAUACCCAAGAGAAAAGCCAUCAUAAUGUGUAUGCUGGUCAUCAUGAUCAGUGUGGUACAGUUUUUUAAAAAUAAACUAUCAUGCCCUUCAUGCCAUUAUUUGUCUUUAUUUCUAUAAUUUAUAAUCUUGAUACGUGAUGUAUUUAUAACACGAGGGCGCCCACUUGAGCCUGGUUUUGCUAUUUUCAUUACAAACGGGCUUAUUGAUGUGCUGUAAUUGUCCCGCAGUGAGACUGGGUCUGCAGCCAUGCUCUAUAGCCCUGUGAUUCUCAGACUGUUGUAUCUAAAGAUACAGUUUAAACCAGAACAAGGGAACACAUUUGGAAGUGCAGCAAAGUCCGUGCACGUUGGCAUGCAUAGAGUGGUAGUGGGAAAUAGUUUCCUGGGCUUCACUGAUAAUCGUUGUCACGUAUGUGUUCGUAACAACACAGCAGAUCCUCAAAUGCCAGGUUUUAAUUGUCUUACGUUUUGCUGCUGUUCUCAUAAUUAAGGACUUGAAAAAUGUUCCAGUCUGUCAAGUCAAGCAUGUAAAAUUUAUGUACCGACCUUUAAAUGUCAUUCUUUACCAAUUUCAUUGCUAUAGGCGUUUUUUUUGUUUUUUUUUGUUUUUUUCCUAUUUAGGUCUUCAUUUCCUCAGAAUCAAAUACCGUGUCUAAUACCUUUAAAUCAAUAAGAAUUAUCCAGUUUUCUCAUUUGCAGUCUUAUCUUUGGCUAACAGAAUAAGCAAAAUAGGGUAUUAGUUAUUUAUAGACUAAGAAUGUUGAACAUUGUUUUAUUCAAAUGUUAUAAUUAGUGCAGAUCAGUCAUGUUUAUCUUUUAAAAAAAUAAACAGGUUGCUUUAUUUCUCAGCUUCA